AUGACAUCUAGGUUACGCUGUUUUUUUGAUAUCAAAAUUGAUGGCAAUGAUGUUGGUCGUAUUGUAUUUGAACUUUUUAAUGAUACAUGUCCGCGUACAUGCGAAAAUUUUCGAUGUUUAUGUACAGGAGAAAAAGGUCGUGGUUUAACAUUAUAUAAAAAAUUAUAUUAUAAAGGAUGUCAUUUUCAUCGAGUAGUGAAAAAUUUUAUGAUUCAAUCAGGAGAUUUUACUGAAGGCAACGGCACGGGUGGUGAAUCAAUAUAUGGCGGUACAUUUAACGAUGAAAAUUUUCAAAUCCAACAUGAUCGACCAUAUCUUCUUUCGAUGGCUAAUCGAGGUCCGAAUACAAAUGGAUCACAAUUUUUCAUUACAACAUCUGAAGCAUCACAUCUCGAUGGUAAACAUGUAGUUUUUGGUCAUGUUGUAUCCGGUCAACAGGUAGUUGAUACAAUUGAAAAUGUAUCAGUUGAUCCGAAUAAUAGUCGACCAUUGAAAGAUAUUGUUAUAUCUCAUUGUGGUCAACUUGUACUUAUAUCGAAAAGUCAUAAAAAAAAGAAACAUAAAAUAUCAACAGGAGAUGAAAGUGAAAAUGAACAAGGUAGUGAAAGUAGUCCAUCAUCUAAUGAUGAUGAGAAAAAAGAAAAAAAAGUUAAACGUAAAAAAAAAGAAAAACAUCAAAGAAAAAAAGAAGCAAAACGUUUAGCAAAACUUAAUGUUGAAGAAGAAAAUAAACCUGAUGAAACAACUAAUAAUAUUCUUAAAGAAUCAAGUGAAAUAUCUGGUCGUGAUAUAAUGGGUCUUAAAACAACAAUUCUUCUCGAGGAAAUACCUGAAAUACCUGCUCAUAAAUUUCUUAUGAGACCUACUUUAAAUGAUAAUAAUAAUAAUAAUAAUAAUGAAAUAUCAAAUACACGUCCAACUAAUUAUCGUUCAUCAAAAAAAAUCGAUUCAAGUGGUCGUCCAGUUAAAGGUCGUGGUUUUAUGAGAUAUACUGGAAAAAGUCAUUCACGAUCACGUACACCACCACAUUGGCGUUUAGCAGUUGAAGAUCGUAAACGUUUUUCUGAUAUAAAUGAAUAUCGUAAACAAAAUACAAAUGAAAAUAAUUAUAAACAUAAACGUAUUGAUGAUGAAAAAAAUGAUUAUAAUAGAGAAGAUCGACAUUUACGUCGACAAGAAAAACGAAAAGAUGAUAAUGAUGAU